AUGGUAGAGAGAUGGCGAAAGGAGACACACUGCUUCAAUUUUCGUGAAGGCGAGUGCACCAUCACACUUAAGGACAUCGCCAUCCUAACCGAUCUCCCCAUUGAUGGUGAUGUUGUUUGUGUGGACUCUACGGCACCACCUAAAGUUGUUGCCAAUAUGAGUGGUUAG